UCUAGAAGCCUUGGCAGACGGAUGUGUGUCGAACUUUCUUCACAAAUUACAAAAGAAAUCUACAAAUUACACCAGGAAAACUGUUCCCCGAAUUACUGUAAACCUUUCAAAGUGCAUUCGAAACCCUUCGAAAUUGUUACCCUGAGUGGCACCAUCCGCACGGACAGGGUCCGAUUUGCAUUGAUCCAUUUUUCACAGACAGCCAUUGUGAAAAAGUGAAGCUGGUAGGCUGGUGACGACGAGCAGCAUCGAUUAGCAGGGCACAUAACACACCAGCUGCGAUCGGGUUGUGUGGACUGCGGUCGAGUGAGAUACAAUCAACUGAUUUGUGGAUUUAGGUAAUCAUUUUUUCCCUUGCUAAGUGCUUAAACUUCUCCGACAAGGCUCGUAAUCAAUCGUCGUGUGGACUGAAAAGUGCAAAAGUGCAAGUGUGUGCGUGUGUGCAUGUGUGAAUCGCAUUUGGCUGGUAUAGUGGUAGUGGUGUAAAGAAGAAGGGCCGUGCUGCCAGUUAUUCUACUAUGUGACGUUUGAGCGAUCGAUUAGCGUUUCCAGCAGUGUGAUUUUUGUUUUCAUUUUUGCUACCAUCCUCAACCAUAAAUAACAACUAGUUUACCCAACACGGGCAUACAUUUAACAGUGGAAAGUGUGAGAAUUGUGUGCACCAUUUAUCGUAUGCAAAUAUAUAUACAUAUAUUAUGUUCAAUACAUUCACGCAGUUUGGCUUUGAGCUCUGAUAUUCCCAUGUACCAAUUGGUAAAAUGUUUGCCGUGCAAUGUUUAGUUCGCUAACGGAGUGAGCGAGGAAAAAUAUGGUUCGUCCAGUAGCUGCUAGUUGUGGUUUAAGUUUAACUUCGACGAUACUAUCGGCAACUGUUACCCGAGCCUGAGAAGAGGGUUAUAGGCGUGUGAAAGAGUUACAGUGCUAGUGUGGUGGAGUAAAUCUAGCACGAAGGUGCAAAGAAGCAAUACACUGACGCGAGACAAGAAACGUUUAUUUAUAUAUUUAUAAAUGAGAUAAAAGUGCUUGGGAAGCAACCAGCUGAUCGGCACUUAAGUUGCGCUUGGAGUUACAGUUGGGCGGUUUUCGUAACGGGCACCGUCAGAGUCAAAACCGGAUAUUGAUUGCAUCUCUAGAAGCUUUUGAUCCAAACAGUAUCAAUAACAAUAACAAAUACACAACAUAGUAAUCCCUUAUAGCCGAAAUACAAUUGAUCAAGUUGGCUGUUCAAGUAAACUAUCUAGUUGAUAGUAGGCUGAGCGUUGUUACUAGCAUCCCUCGCAAAAUCGAUCCACCUGUUAGAAAUACGGCGGCGGUAAUAGCAUCCACCGACCAAGAAUACGAUUUGCGAUAUAGGGGUAUGGUAUAUUUUCUGGGUGAUUGGGGCAUGGGAGAUAUUGAACGUACUACGGCGCAACAUGUCCCUACAAAUUUGCAGCAACUCAAUUUCCACAACCAUACCAGUAGCCAGCAGCAUCAGCAGCAGCAGCAGCAACAGCAGACACAGCAGCAUCAUGAACAACAACUUCAGCAGUCGCGAUCUGUACAGUACAACAAUGUUACCCAACAUCUUCAACAGCAGCAUUUGCAGUCGCCGCAGCACCAGUCCCAUCGCUAUGAACGAUCGAAUGCUGGCGGUAGUUUCAAUGUAACGAAGAGUGAGAAUAUCUCUACCUACUUGAAAGAAGUCCAGCAGCAGCAACGUGCUCAGCAGGUUGAUGUUCGACAAAACAACGUCAAGGUCACCAACGGUGGCUUUCAACAACAACUACUGCGCACCGGAUCUGGACAUCAUCAUGAGCAGGAACAGCUGCCAAAACAGCAUACCUUACACUUUCAUCACCAACAGCAAAAGCACCAGCAGCAACAACACACGCACCACGAUGUCGAAAGCGAUGAGGACGAAAUCGCAUUAUAUCCUCUCAAUAAUCAGGUUGGCGGUCACACGAGGCUUUUGUUGCUAAACCAGAGCACUGUGAUUAAACCCCUUAACCUUCGAGAACUUGAGUUCUAUCAAAACAUUCCCAGCGAUAUACAGCAGUUCGUUCCAAAGUACAGAGGUGUGAUGCAAGCAACUACUAUGGGAGGUUCUAAACUGGAGAAACGUUAUUCACCUAGCUUCCGUGACGACCCUGUUCGAAAGACUGCAGCAUCAAAAAGGAAGCGCGAAGAAGUGUUACGGAUGAAAAUACAUAAAAAUGGAAUACCUUCCGAAGUGUUAAAAAGUAUUGCACAGAUAGACAACUCUAAUAAACAAUAUUUUUUAAUGCUGGAAAACAUAACAUCCGCUUACCGGAACCCAUGUAUACUGGAUCUCAAAAUGGGCACACGACAACAUGGUGAUGACGCAUCAGCGGAAAAACGAAGCAAGCAGAUGGCCAAAUGUGCGGCUAGCACAUCCGCAUCGCUUGGCGUCAGGCUGUGCGGUAUGCAGGUUUACCAGGCAAAUCUUGAUCAUUACAUGAAACGAGACAAGUACUGGGGUCGUGAACUUACUGAAGACGGUUUCAAAGGAGCGCUUCAUAACUUUUUCCACAACGGAUACCGGUUACGGACCAAGGUCAUUGCAAAGGUGCUUGGCAAGUUGGAACAGUUGCGUCGUGUUAUCGAGAAACAAUCGAGCUAUCGCUUCUACUCGUGCUCCCUUCUAAUCGUUUACGAAGGUUACGAAGAGGUUCCGGUGCCAAAUGCCGGUGACUAUCAUUUGCUUGAAACGGAAUCAAACUCAUGCUGCUAUGAUGCGGACGCUUCAAACAGCUCGAUUGAGCAGUACCUGUUGUCCUCUUCUAACGAGGAAUCCCCGAUACCGUCAAACAUCACCUCAUCUGUAAAUAAACGCCGUACAUCAACGUCCAUGGCCACCGCAAUAGCAGCAAUGGCCGCGGCAACCAAGGCUACCACACUCACCACUACAGCAACCUCCAUCCCGAUGCGGCCACCACCGGCGAUAGCUGCUCGUGAUGAUGAUAGCACACAAAGGAGCAUUUUCACCGAGCAUCAUUUCCGCAGCGUUGUAACGGACGAUGAUAACAACCGGGAAAGGCGAAUCGAUAGUACCGCCUGCUCGCGAGAUGCUCAUGCAUCCGAAACAAAAAUCGUGCCCUUUGUUCCGAUAUCGGAAGAAACGAUCUAUCCCGGUGGACCAACGGACGAUGGUUCGACCUCGCCAAGCGAUGCCAUUCCAAUGCCGUCAGGGGUUGCGGGCGCGGCACAAACCCUCACCAGUUCCAGUCCACACUCUAUGGAUUCGUGGAUGAACUACAGCAGCAAUAGUAAUAGCAGCAGCGAUGAUUAUGCUUCAUCGUUUGUGGUACCGAACCAUCUGCAAAGUUCCUCUGCAGUUCAACCAGAAGCUGGGUCCGAAUUUGAAGAUAGCUUCGGUGGCGAUGGUGUAUGCGACCGAAUUGAGGGAAGGCACCACAGCACGGCAAGUUCCGGAGUUGUGGACUUUAGUACCAGUAUUAAGUUCGGCCACAGCAAACUCGUUGAGCAGAGCAGCAAUAUUAGCAAUAAUAAUAGCGCACCGAUUGGAAACAAGACGAGAGAAAACAACGGUGCAAGGAUCGAUAGGACUGAUGAUGGGAGCAGCGUUGUGGAUCUUGGAAGCAAUUUCGAGGAAGGACAGCAUGACAACUCUGACGCCGGAUAUCACGAAGAUGAAGAGGUGGACGAUGACGAUGAGGAGGAGGGCGAAGUGGACGAUGAGGAGGAACGUCAACUGAUGAGACAGAAACUGCUGGCAGGGAACAGCUCCAAACGAUUGCGUGGUAAGGAUAGUUGCUGCUCCGGCGGAUCUGUUGGUCCCGUUGGUGCUAACAGCAUUAUCCCUAGCAGUAGGCCCAGCGAUGGCCCAAGUUUAGUUCCAUUGCGCCGGAAACUAAGCUCUAAAUCUAAGUCUGGUUCAUUGGGAGGAGUUGCAGGCAGCAGUACGGGUCCGGGUUCCUCAGGAGGAACGUUGGCGGAUGUACGAAUGAUUGAUUUCGCGCACACGACGUUCGAAAUUAAGAACGGCGGUGCAUCGUUAUGUAGCAGUGCAAAUGUUAAGGUGCACCACGGUCCGGACAGUGGGUUCCUCCGCGGGCUCGACAGCCUCAAACGUAUACUAUCGGAAAUAUGUGAGGAAUAUUAUUGAAGCGAAGUAACUCGGAAAGACGUCAAGUGGUAGGCACAUAGUGCUAGAAUGACUGUGUAUAGAUAGUGUAGUGAAAGAAGGCGGUGAGACGCACGAGCUGCGACUCAAUGUUAUGUACGUGCAAUUUGCAAUUGAAAAUCACCAGGAUCGUGCGUCGUCGUUCGCGAAUUCCGGA